GCAGUCCAGAUCUCUCGUUGCGCCCGGCGCCCAGCUCGCACGCAGACCGAAGAGUAAUCGCUAAUGAAUAGCAGACUAUUAGAUCGGACACUGCGCCGGCUCCGCCCAUUGGCGCUUCUCAAGCGAGUCUGCAGAGCGGCAACGAAAAAAAGGCCUGCCAAACGACACCGGCGCAGCGAGCCAGGGAGAACUAGCCCUCCCAGCACCGCAGAAUUGGGAGACAGGACCCACGUGGAUUGGCUCCAAUGGACCUGGUCCUGGGUACGGCCCUGGGUACGGUUCCCAGCCCAUCAUGUCUCAGCCCAGCGAGGAGGGUCCAGCGAAUGGUCCAGGGAACGGCACCGCAGGGCCAGGCCAGGCCAGGCCGGCGUCUUGUCGUUGACUCGUCGUCGAGCAAAGGUGAUCUAAAGGUUGCAUUGGGAAGCGAGUCGGGAAAUUUAUCAUUGGUCGCCGCAAGCGAACGAGACCUGGGUCACGCUGGGUGGCAUUCCGCGGACCCUGCACUGGGGUCUUGGUGUCUUGGUGGCGCCUUGGGGGGUCAGUUUGUGGGCUGGCACUUUUGUGCUCCGUCGUCGCAUGGCAUGCCAUAUUACUGUAGCAUGCAUGGUCAUCCUGUUAAGUCCGUUUGCGUGUCGUUGACACCAUCUGGCGCUUUUCCGUCCGUCUGUGACUCCGUCUUCACACGCCCAGCAGACCACAGACUAACCGCCCAGCCCAGUCAGUCCCCCUCGCCUCCAGUUCUUGCGGUGUGGACAGUGAUGCGAGCAUGAUGUGCACAUGCACGAGAGCUGACUUGUAGCUCGCCGUGGCGUCCGACGGAAGUGUGGGGCUUGGAAAUGGAUCCCAAUGUGAGGCUCGUCCCGGAUCGGAUGCGAAUAGACGAGACGG